AGAGAGAGAGAGCGAGGGCGAGCGAGCGAGCAGGGAGAGAGACAAAACUUUUCAGUGGGUUAUUAAAGAGCGAGAGGAAGCGUGCGCUGGAGCGGCGACCAUGCAGGAGGAGUCCGGAGAGACUGUUUGCCGAGACAGCAUUGUGCUGGUGUGGCCAUGCCCGCUGUGUCAACAAGAGAGACCAGACAGAGAAAUACUCGCUCAGCACCUGACCGAAAAACAUAGUGUAUUGCCUGCCUGUCUGGACAGACUGUUGGACACUGCCACCCCAGUAAAAGCUGUAUGUGGAGACAGGGCAGAGAACGGCAAAACUCAACGUGACUCCGGAGACACUCACUCCUCUCAGCAGAUGCCUUCUGAAACAAAUGGGGCCCUCUCUGACCUAUCGGAGAGCAUCUUUAACACCACUGGAGCCGAGCAGGACACAGCCACCACACUCAUGCUGAGGUCAGAGGUCAAAGUUCAUUCCUGCCCUGAAGAGGAGAUUCAGGAUGAGGGAGAGCGAAAGCAGGGGCUGGGCAGAGACCAUGAAGAAGCAGAUCAGGUAUCAAGUCAACUUCCAGGAUCAACCACGACAGCAACCCAAAAGGUGUCUCUUCAGCAUACUGCCACUAAGGACAGUGGCAAUGAUGGUACAGCAAACAGCACUAGCACCAGCAAAACGCAAGCUGAUCCAGCACUUGAGAAAUUUCUCGACCCAACCCGUCCUUUUAAGUGCAAUGCGUGUCUGGAGUCAUUUACUUCCAAAAGUGCCCUCAGUGUCCAUUACAGCUCUGCAUCCCAUCUGCAUCGAAUGAGAACCGGUUCUUCAAUGCAGGGUGAUGAAAAGGAAACGGCCUCCUCAACCACCUCAGCCCCUGCACCAUAUUUGUCACGCCCCUUUUUCUCCAACAAGCCCUACCAGUGUGCUGUGUGUCGUGUGUCUUACAACCACGCGUUCACACUAGAGAGUCACUUGAAGUCUGUUCUGCAUCAGACUCGCAGCAGGAACACUGUUAAUUCCACCAGCAGUGCAACUGGGAGCUCUGGUAAGAAAGGGAGUGUUAAUGUGGGAAAUAACGCAAGCGCAGCCAUAACCUCAGGCUCAAGUAGCACCACGCAGCCUGGUGGGGCUGCCAUCCCCUUGCCCACCGGCAAUGGCGGCAGUCAAGGGAGCCUGACUUUGUUGUCGGGGCCAACCAAAGAUGGAGAGCAAAGUGCACUUGCUGUGUCUUCAGCCUGCUCCCCUUCAGCCUCCGGCCUGUCUCUGCUCUCUUCCCCCGUGGCCUCUGCUCAGGCCGUGUCUGCCUUCCUCACUCUGCUCACAUCCUCCGGCUCGCCCUCACUGCCCCCCUCUGUUCAGCCCUCUCUUCUGUCGACCGGUGUCGGCGGCACACAUGGCAUGGCUGUCCCACAGCUGGAGCUCAUAGCCCAGCAGCAACUUCUCCUGCCCCUCUUUCUAAAUGGGCUGCAGGCCCAGAACCAGGGAUCCAACCCCGAGUCUGCCAGCACCGUCCUGACCCAGGCCGUCCCACUGAUGGGUCUCAGCACUGCUCAGCAGGCUCUCCUGGCCCAGAGGCUCAGUGCAGCCCAGAGCCAGGUUCCUUGGCUGGCGGCUGGACUCCCAGAAGCAAUGCACACCUGCACAGCUGAGAAGGAGAAAGGGGAGCGCAGUGGUGAAGUGGAAAGUGUGAAAAAGGAGCCUGAUGAGGAGGAAGUAGAGGAGGAGGGGGAGGGAAGGGAUCAGGUGAGGCAAGACGGAGAACAAGCACUGAAACUAAAAUCUGAAGCUGUGGAGGACUUGCUAAUGAGAGGGGAAGCUGCUGAGGAAUCGAAUGAGACAGUGCUAAACUGCACGUUAAAGAGUGAAAAGAAACAGUCCAAUGGAGAUUCUGUGGGAGCUCAGGGCAAAGAGGAAAGUGGGAAAGACAGUCCAAUGGAGGGGACUGACUGUGCGGUUCAGGGAGAGAAAAUGAGCCAUUCUUCUGAAACGUGCGAUGUGGUAGGUGAACUUGACGCCAGUGGGUCACCAGUGUCUGGUGAAGCCACAUCGGUCAUUGGCACUGGCUCCAUAAGCAGCAGCCCUCAGCCCCAUUCUGAUCCCAGCCAUACCGAUGAUUCAAAAAUGGCCACAAAUAGCAUUGCUGUCAUGCUCGGUCCCACGCAACCAUGCCCCUUAAACUCUAAUCCCAGUAUAAAUCCUAAUGGCUCCUUACCUGCAGGUGCAAAAGUGAAAAGCCUGAGUCACACUUCCGCUCCCCCUGUAUUGUCAGAAUUCCAGUCGCAGGUGUUGUGGGCAUUUCUGGAGUCGCGCAGCGAGGCAGAUGCUGCUGACCCACCGCAGGAUGACUAUGGAGCGCUGGGAAGGGAGGUGGGCCUAAGUGGGCAGCAGGUACGGAGGUGGCUGGAGGACGCACGGAGAGAGCACAGAGAGAGACCGAGAGGUGCCACAUGCAAGAUGUUAACCAAGAAGACAGAAGGGGAUGGAGUUACGCAAGAGGAUGAGAUGGAGGAAGACGUGCUCACCAUAGUGGAGGCGGAGGAAGGGGAGCACCCAGAAGCCAGCGAGAGAUACGCCAUUGAUUUGUCCCAUGGUGGAGGGAGAAGGAAAGGAAGGGACCUGGUGAAAGUGAGCCCCGGGGAGCCCUGUCUGACCUCAGAUUCAGACAAUGAAGGUGAUGGGUUCUACACCUCCGUCAUUGUGACAGAUGAAGAGAACCUGAGUGGCCCUACGACAGAGGAGCUGGGCACCUCUGCAAGCGAGGUGGUGUCUGGCGAACAGGAGGAGAAGGGCAGGGGAGGGAAGGUGCUCCGCUCCUCCACUGUGUUUCUCUCGGAUGCUGAGGACACAGAGGAGGAGGAGGAGGAGGCUGGCAGUGGGAUCCAGAGGGUGAGGAAGAGGAAGAGGAACAGGGAACUGGAACAGGAAGAGGUGGAUGUGAAGAAGGAGAGACAAGACCCCGAUGUGGAUUUGGAGCUGGAGGCUCAGGGCGACCCCCCUGUGCCCAUUUCUGUUGACCAACAGAGUCUUCCCAACAUCCUGCACCCUCUCCCUCUGUCCAUCUCUCUGACUCCCUUUGCCACUCAGUUCAUUAACCCAUAUGUUCUCUCUAUACCUCCAUCUGCCAUUGGGCUGGGGAUAGCUGAAGGGGACCGGGAUAGGGGAAGAGUUUCUACCUUCCCAAACACCGCUGCCAUCUUCCCAGACACCCACAGCACGCCACCCCCUGCCUCCCACAUGUCCCCCGUCCAGUCCCUGUCUAAUGGUGGCAUCUGUGAGUCUGCCCUAGAUCUCAGCAUGGGGAAAAAACACAGCUCCACUUCCACCUCCUCUUUUACUGCUUCCACAAGAGGCAGGGCAAAGGUGCAGGCCGAAACCAUAGCAGAAGGCCUCGGGCUGAGGCCUACAGCUCUCGGGGUCCCUGGGGCAGGCGGGCUCAUCGUGGUCCGGGUGAAGCCAGACGGUGCCCUUGCCAUCCCUACCCCAAAUGCCAGCAAUAACAACACCCGGACCAGCACUGUCUACAUAAGGGCAGCAGAGCGUGUCAGUGCCUCAUUGGUGGAGAGGGAGCGAGAGAAACAGCAGGAGAGGGAGAGAGAGAGGGAUAGAGUGAGAGAAAGGGAGAAGGAGCGAGAGAAAGAGCCAAAGCCCACCAAGGCACGACGGUUCAGGGACAUGAGGCGCUCCAGGACCAUUAUCCAGACGGAGCAGCUGGAUGUGCUCUAUGGCUGCUACUUCAAAGAUCCCAACCCUGGGAAGCAUGAGUUUCAGCAGAUCUCAGAGUGGGUUCACCUCCCUAAGAAGGUGGUACAGAUUUGGUUCCAGAACAUGCGAGCUCGGGAACGGAAGGGGGAAGUCCGCUUCAUAAGUGACGGUACACUGGCUGCAAUGGGGAAACCGCUUAUCAAGUUCACUUGGCCCCUGACGCUGCCAAUCUUCUCUAGCAGCCCCAGCCCAAACUCCAGCCCCCUCAGCAGCAGUGGAACCACUGGGGACUCAGCUGGAGCCAGUCCCAAGGCUGUAGCCCCAAAGACAAAGCCAGAGGCGGAGCAAGGCAAGGAGAAAGAAGAGGGACGGCCGAGGGAGAGUGGUGCUGGCAUCUCUCGAAUGUCGAAUCCCAAGCCCAAACCAGAGACACCAAGCCCAGGAGGGCCAGCCAGACCAGUCAGCAAAGCUAUGACCGCCACCCCUGAGGUCCCUGUUGUUAUGAAGACUCGCUUGCCUUCCCCUUCUUCUUGCUCAUCACAGAAACGAAAGCGUGCAGGAGAUGAAAAAGCAAGGACGGAUGAGGAAGAUGACUCUGGGGGCAGAGAAACUGUGGCGCCUAGCGUCACAACCCGCACGGUGCCGAAGUUAUCCUCCACAUCCUCCAACAAGCCUCUCUCCCCAGGCUCUCAUAAGCGGAAUGGUUUGAAUGACUGGACACCCAAAGGCUCCUUCAAGAUCAACACUUUGUCCAGAGAGCAGCUAGGUCUCUCAACACCCCAACCUUCUGGUACAACCACUCCCUCCUCCAGUGCCAAAUCUAGCCCCCAGGAUGGGGUCUGCCAGCACCAUUCCUCGAGCCCUCGUCGGCCACGGACGCACCUGACAUCCUUGCAGGUGUCCAUCAUGCAGUCGUGCUAUGAGACAUGCCCUCACCCCAAUGCGCUGGAGUGUGAGACAAUAGGGACGGAGCUGGGACUGCCUCUCAAAGUAGUACAGAUCUGGUUCCAGAACACCCGUGCAAAGGAGAAGCGCUGGCGCCUGCAGCAGCAGAAGCAGUCUCCUGGUACAACGGACUCCAAGAAAGUUGACACCAGCUCGGGCAGCUUUCUGCUCUACAGUGCCCUCCGAGCCAAUCGUCCCAUCUUACCAAAACCGGUUCAGCUGACGGUCCUUGAGCCCUCCACACCCCCAGCUGGUGGACAACCGGCAAGCCGCGAGACGCUGAGGGGCCGAUGUGAUGCCUGCGCUGUUACGUUUGAGUCCAGAGCUGCAGGGAGGACCCACGUAUUCUCCCCUCGUCACCUGGCCACACUGAGAUCCACUAACUUUGGCCAUCCGCCCUCGCUCGUCAACAGCGGUUCUGCCACUGGGUCCAGUGCAGGCUCGGGAGUGACAACACAGUCUUCCCCCAGUGCAGCCAGCAGCGCCAGCUAAAAGCUCAUAUCCAGAGAUGCUGGCAUUGACACUGGGCGCUUUGGGCUCUUCGCUUUCAAUGGACACAAAGGUUUCUGAGUUGCAAUCUCUUAAGCAGACAUUCUUUUACCAGUGUCUGGGUGAGGCUAUAAGCCUCUCUUAUCUUCUGACCUUUUCUCCAUUUUAUUUUUCGUUAGGCAUCAGGUGGACUGUGUCUGUAGAAGCUUUUAUUUUGGCGCUGGAUGGGGCCCAUUUUACACUUGACAAGACUGCUUCACUAACAGUAAUAAAGACUGAGAGAGAACAAGACUAGAAUUAAAUGCUUGGACCUUUUUCUCAUUCUGGCCAUGGUAGUGGUUGUCUUUUCCUUUUUGUCUUCAACCAGCAGUCUCUUUGCCCUGGGCCCUGGGCCAUAAGCGAGCUUCCUUAUAUUAGUAUCUUCCCUAAUGAUCUCCACUCCUCCAAAAGAGACUUCAUGAGAAACUGAUAGUAAUCACCUCCACCAACGCAGGUGAAUCUUCUGUUUUGGGUCAAAUGUGGGUGAUCUAUUCCUGGACCCAGUCUCCUUUCCUCACAACAUCAGAAGCAGACCCAAGACAAUCUGGAAAAAUGCUAACUGGACCCCACCCCUACUGCUUGCUUGACAGUUAGUGGACUGCAGACAGAGAAAUAAAAAGGGCCUCUGUUCUGAAAUUGAUGAAUUGCUACAGGAACAGGUUUUAGUUUGGUUGAAUGGUAUAAAUCAAAAGGGAUAACUGGUUGCUUGGUGCAAAAGGGUACCCUUUCAAAGCUGUUUUGGUGGUGGUGGGUGGGCUGGGGUUGUUAUGCACUAUAGAAUAUGAAUACAUUGAUUAACGGACUUGGGGGAUGGACAGGUGAAUUGUUUGAAUCAAAACAACGGAGAAGAAAUGUCCAGAACUGGGCCUUUAACCAAAAUGUGGCAAACACUUUUUUUCUCUGCACAGGCUCAGUCUGAAAGACAAUCUCAGAGAGAGGAGCUAAGAGGGAAAGGGGUGAGACUGAAAGAUGCAGAGGCCCCAAUUCCCACUGCACAUCUGAUCGAUUCACUAAAUAUGACCUUUGUGCACAAAAUACAGAUCCAUGUUGAACAGAUUAGGUGCUGGAAUUAAAUACACAUACACUCAGCGAGCACUUUAUUAGGUAUUUAUUAGACCCAUUUUUUUGUUUUUUUACUUAUUGGUCUUCGGCUGCCUAUCCACUCAGAGGUUUGAUGCGUUGUGUGUUCAGAGAUGCUCUUCUGCACUGUUGUAAUGCAUGGUUAUUUGCGUUACUGUCACCUUCCUAUCAGCUUUGACCAGUCUGGCCAUUCUCCUCAGAAUUCUCAGCAUGUUUUUGCCCGCAGAACUGCUACUCACUGGAUGUUUUUAGUUUUUCACACCAUUCUCUGCAAAUUCUAGAGACUGUUGUACGUGAAAAUCACAGGAGAUCAGCAGUUUCUGAGAUACUCAAACUGUCCUGUCUGGCACCAACAAUCAUCCCAUGGUAAAAGUCACUUAGAUCACAUUUCUUCCCCAUUCUAACACUUGGUCUGGACAACAGUCUGCAUGCUUUUAUGCAUUUAGUUGCUGCCACAUGAUUGGCUGAUUAAAUAUUUGCAUUAACAAGCUGAUGUACAGGUCUACCUAAUAAAUUGCUCACUGAGUGUAUGUUCUGUGAUGUCAGCCUAAAUAAAAGUUUAUAUUAGUUUUUGUCCUUUCUGUUCCCCCAGUAAUUUGUGGACAGGAGUCUGUGCUGCACAUUGUAAGCCUGCACUAGACACGACUGUCGCACAGUGGGACACUCAUUUUAUUUUUUUUCAAUCUGAAUUUUAAGCAACUAGGGGGAGACAUCAGCAAUAUUGUGGUGCCUGAACUUAAAUGGCUUUUUAAAAUGAAAUCAUGUGAAUUAUUUGAAAAGGGAAAAAGGAAAUUAUUUGCUUAAAAAUAUUUUGUGGACAUUUUACAAGACUGUAUUUGCUAAAUUUGUGACCUGUUCACACUGUACAGGAUUGUUUUGUUUUAUCCAGAUCAUUCAUGCCAAGACUUUGCAUUUCCAUUUUCAUUUGACAGUGCAUUGGUUUUGUGUCCUGAUUUGUGCUUAUGUUUGUGUGAAAGUAUUUAUGUAUUUAACUGGUAUUGGCUUUAUGGUCCACCCCUGGUUGCGAAACCCGCAAACCGUAUGGAAUAUCACACAUAGCACUUUGCUGACCGGAUUGCAACUGUCUACCUAACUGUCAAUUGGUCAGGACUUGGUCAGCCCAGUUUUACUUAAGUCUUUCCUUGUUUGUCUGUUAUUUUCUUUCUAUCAUCCAAACCUAAAAUGUAAACUUCAAAUUUAAUCUUUUGCCCAAUGACACAACCCAAAAUGACCUAUAAUAAAAAAAACUCAAAAAUGUAAUGUAAACCAAGAAAUGAAUUGGUGAGAUAGAGUUCAGUGAAGCACUUUCUUUCUUUGCUUGUUUAAUGAGAUGAGUUGUGCAAGGUUGAAACAAAAGGAGUGGAGCACAGAGGAGAGGAUGUGCAUUAGGUUAGCUAGCUGAGUGAACCGUGUGCGCUUGUGGUGAAGGGUACGGAGAGGUGCCCUUUGGUGGAAUCAAGAGAUACUAAAGAUAUUUUUGCUUUUUUCUUUUGGUUUAAAAGUUGUAUAUUAUUGUUAUUAAUACUGUUGUUACUAUUAAUGAAAAAGCAAACCUGAAAGUUAAAACUAAAAAAUAUAUUAUGAGAAGUGUUAUUCCAAAGUUGUUUUUUCAAUUUGCUUUCUGUCAUUAAAUUUUUUUACCAAAAACAAUUGGGGAGAGAGAUUAUGAGAAAGAGAAAUUAUGUUUUUAAUGUGUGUACUGCAAAUACAUUUCUACAGCUUGACAGUUUGAGCCAGUCCAGGAUUUCAUUCAUGAGCUACAGUUUGAUGCAUUUGACUCUGCCAAGCUGUUUGUCACCCUUUUUCAAAACCAUAAACCACAGAUAUGCUAAAUUGGUUUGAGUUAAAGGUUUGAUUCACAUAUUAAUGAUAUUUUGUCUAAUAUCCUUCUAUCUGUCAGUCACUAUGUACAGGGGAUGGUAGCUCAUGUGAAAAAAAAAUCAAGACUGGGGCUAUACUGAAGGAAUGAGCUUAUGGUGGUGUACUGUCCAGGACAGAUUUGAGCAAUGAAGGUCUAUAUAUUUUUUAAUUCUUUUCCAAUGUCACUUGAUUGUUAUCACUAUUAUAAUAACUGUACUACUUAUUUUACUGUUAUCUGCUGUUAUUAUCAUCACUGCCACAAUUGCUGCAGUUUAUUCUGUGGUAAUUCCAAUCUUGCACAAGAUGGCAUGCAUGUGAGAAUUCACAAUAAUGAUGACAGUGUUGGCAAUAUCUGAAACAGUAUGGCUAUUGAUUAAGCUUCUUUUUCCUCACUUGUAAACUUUAUUUAGUGUUUUAUCUCCAUUAUGUUUUCUGGUUUCAGAGAAAUUAAUAAAACCUGUAACUUUUUUGAAAAAAAGAAAAAAAAGAAAAAAAAAAAGAUUUGUUUACCAUUUUGUUUCUGCCUGUUUUUCAAUUCAAUUCCCAACAUGGGAGUAAUACCAAUUAGCUACACAGAUCUCACAUAGCAUAAGGCAACACAAAUUAGCACACAUGGAAAUAGACUGCUUAGAUAUCCUAGAACAUAAAUCUGAGGGACCUGCUAUAGCAACAUAUUUAACACAGAACAUAGUUCACAUACAGCAGGGAACCAGCUUGAAUGGUAAAUGGUCUGCAUUUAUAUAGUGCCUUUAUCCAAAGUGCUGUAUAAUUCAUGAUUCUCAUUCACCCAU